CCCCCCCCGCCCUUUGGUUCCUUAGAUGCUGAGCAUCACCGGCUGGGUGAGCAGAGUGGUGGUCCUUUUUGCCUCUGUGCUCGCAACCGCAUCCAUCGCCAUGCCAGGAGAGUGGGGAGAAGAAGGGGUGACGUAUGGCGAGCUGGGGAGCGACAUGGCCCUGACAUGUCCCGGAGCAAGUCCGAGUUCCACGAUGGAAUGGCAGCGGGACGGGCGCUCGGGGCUGCCCAAGGACUCCAGCGCCCAGCAGGGCCAGCUUCUCCUGCCCCAUGUGGAGCUCUCCUCCGAAGGCACCUACAGCUGCUACGAUGGCAGCGGGCUUCUUCUGGGCUCCGUGGCCCUUCGCGUUGGCCGGCUCCCCGGGCUGCCCUCCGUCUCCUGCAGAGCGUCCAACUACGAGAACUUUUCCUGCUUCUGGACUCCCAGCGUGGAGACACUUCUGCCCACCAGAUACGUCGCCACCUACCAGAAAAAACAGCCGGCCGGAACUGACCAGCAGAGCAGGCCCCCAGUCAACGGUGUGGGGCUGUGUGUCCAGGAUCCUGCCCUACCUCUCUCCUGCACAGUCAGCAAGUCCCAGUUCUGGAGCUCUUACCGUGUGAACGUGACCGAGGUGAACCCCCUGGGAUCCAGCUUCAGUCUCCUGGACAUCACUGUGCAAACCAUCACCAAACCAGAUCCGCCAGAGGGCCUGCGGGUGGAGCCGGUGCCCCUGGCCCCCAAGCGGCUGCGCGUGAGCUGGGAGUACCCCUCCACUUGGCCCAAGGAGCCUUCCUUCCAGCUCCGGUUCCGGCUGCGGUAUCGGCCCGUCCUUUACGACUCCUGGUCAGUGGUGGAGACGGCCAAGGUGUCCGAGGUGAUCACAGACGCCUUCAUGGGCCUGGAGCACAUGGUCCAGGUGAGCGCCAGGGACUUCCUGGAUGCCGGGAGCUGGAGCGACUGGAGCCCGGAGGCGCGAGGCUGGCCGGCUGCUGGGCAGAUCGAUGAGCCCGGUGAAGCUGCCACGGCUAUCACGGAGCUGGAAACGCCAGCCGAGGAGCCCUCUCCAGCCCCCAAGGAUGAGCCAGUCGCAGGCCACGGUGACUCCAUGGAGAAGGUAGCGGUGCUGGUGUCGCUCGGCGUCUUCGCCUUCUUUGUCCUGGUGGCACUCCUGCUUUUUGCCCUUCUGGUGUGGAUCCGUGCAAAGAAGCUGAGCAAAGAAGCCGACAAAAACUGUGACCUGCUCGCCGCUGCCACCCACCUGAAGGCCUUGCCCAGAGCCCAGCUCUUGUAGCACAGCUGUGCCUCCGUCUGGCAGAACAGCCGCCUCUCCCACCCAGGGCGCCAUGGACCUCUCCAACCGCAGCUGCCUGUUGAUGCUCCAGGGACAUGACCCCGCCCUUCCCUGCCACCCUUGGAAAAGCUGCUCAUCGACCGGACCUUGGCAUCAGUGGCUUCGGCCCGGUCCCCUCUCCUUUGCCACAAACGGGCUGGAUGCCAGACGCUGCUGGUUUUGGACUCAUCGGUGGCCGAGGGACUCCUUGUGGAAAGACAGACCUGAGGAGCAGCUGGUUGGGGCAGAGGGUGGCACUGGCCGAGUCUUGCUCCUCACACCCCCGUCUCUCCCGUGAAGCUAAAGCCCUGCAGACUGGAGGAACCAGGCCCCUCCCCGGCCAUGGCGGGGAGCCCCGGAUAGCCUUGCUGAGAGAGACCAGCAUUGCAGGAAAUUGGCAGCUGCCUUGGCACGGGGGGAAGGACAGCCUGGCAGAGCAGAGGCAAUGGCAGAGAUCUCCCUGUAUGCUAGUCGUGUGUGAAGCUGUGUGUGUGUCUGUGUGCGCGCAGAAACCUCUGCGCUUGGUUUGGUUCAGAGUAUUAAAUUUCAAAUUUUGGGUUUUUUUA